ACAACAAUAAAUAGAGUUGGGAGGAGGGGGCUAAAGAUCAGGCCAGAAAUAUGGAAGCACUUAGGCCUGAGAGUGCACCCUUUAAAGGGUUAAAGAUGGCUAUGGGAUAAGUGGAGCUCGUUUAUCGCAAAUUUGACAGUGGUAGUUAAAUGUUGAGUUUUCCCUCCAAUCUGCCAGUCUGGGGAGGCAGACGAGGCUCUCUGCUUUCCACACCCCUGAUCUCUCCUGUGCUCUUCUUUUUUUUUUUUUUUUUUUUUUUUUGUUUAUGGUCGCCUGUCUCCUCAUCUCAGUCCUAUAUCAUUAGAAACGGGACAAAGAAAAAGAGGCUUUUCUGUUCUCUCUCCUCAACAAUUAUCAUUUCCAUUGCUGUUUUGGACCUGCAAGAUUAUCUACUUUCUUCUCCAUCCGCCCCUUCGUCUUUUAAACCCUGAGUCUCUUUCGUUUUCCUUUCUCGUCUCUCUCUGUGCCUCACUGUGGAGCUAAAUAUUCAACCUGCCACCCCGGGAGUCCUUGCAGAUGUCCACAGCCUGGCGCUGAAGCGGGCGCUUGCCAGCAGCCCAGAUGCAUUUGCGACUCUUUGCCAUUGUGAUGUCCUUGUUAUGUGAGGUGAUCAGGUUGGGGUCCGGUGUCAUGCAGAAGCAAACUGCUCACAAAGAGACAUCCGAGGACUGUCGGACCUGUCUGGAGUGCUCCCGUGACAACGGCUGUGUGCGUUGCCCAGAGCGACUCUUCCUGUUCCUGCAGAGAGAGGGGAUGUCUCACCAUGGAACUUGUCUCCACGCCUGCCCCGCUGGCCAUUACGGACAGAGAGGGAAGGACAUGAGUCGCUGCAUGAAGUGCCGCUCCGUGGACUGUGAGCAAUGUUUCAGCCGGGACUUCUGCACCAAGUGUAAGCCUGGCUUCCAGCUGUACAAAGGAAAGUGUCUGACCCGCUGCCCAGAGGGAACGUUUGCCCACCAGUCAGAUUGCAUCGAGGACUGUCCCCUCGCUCCACUGGGAGAAUGGAGCGAGUGGAGCGCCUGUCUCCGAAACGGUGUCACCUGCGGUUUCAGGUGGGGGAAGCAGACGAGGACCCGUGGUGGUGACCAGCCCAGGGGGACCCCAGAACAGAAAGCAGCAGUGCUCUGCCCGUCCCAUAGCGAGACGCAGAGGUGCAGGAUGAAGAAAAAGUGUCCCAAAGAAAGAAGACAGAAUAAAAAAGGAGGACUUGGAAGGAAGAGGGAGAAAAAACGACUACGGCUGCACGCCAGCAACAGUGUUGGCAACUCAGCGAACGGAACAACAGACACCGCCGGAGAGCACGGACAUCCCUGAGGAUGAAACGGAGGCACCCCAACACACCUAACACAUGUUGGAGUAUCAGUCAGCCGAUGGUGGAAAUCUGAAACCAAAUUACUGUUUAUAUCUGCAAUCACCGUGCAUCUGUAGCUUCACUUAAACCAGACUUCUUUUUACUGGAAACUCUAAAUCUAUUAUUGAGACUAAGAAAUGCCUAAGAAAUGGUGCAGGUGACCAGUGAGUCAUCCAAAGCGCGUUGUGUAGGAAUUUAAGUGGAAACUGCAUAGUUUGCUCUUGAGAAUCAGGCUAUAGCAUUUAAAGGAAUCUAAAGGUACUGUAUUGAAAAUUCUGUCUCCCCCUUCUGGCAGGGAGAGUAAUUACACAAACACAUUGUGGAUGAUGUGUGCCUCCAAACCUCAUCUCAGGCUAAAUUUUAGAUGCGGUUACAAAGAUAAAGAAUAUUUGCAUUUCACUCACAAUAAUCCAACAUUUAGAUUCAACUGCAUACAGUGGCACUAUUAUACAAAUUCUCAGAGCUGCAUGCCGUAACAUCCCCCUCGUACCGUCCCAUCAUAAUUUACAUACUCAUUCUCCCUGUUUCCCCACUCCUUUAGCCGUAGUAAGGAAUCCUUCGUUGCCUGGUUGGAAUAAAAUUCACCAAUGCACUAGUGUUACCACAGAUUGAAGACUUUACAGCUGAUCAGUAAAAUACAAAUAGUUUGGCUUCAAUAUAAAAUCCUCCACUAUACAUACUGUACAAGCAAUUCACAGAUGUGUCUCUAACAUUUAAUACUUAAAGAUUCUCGCUCAUACUGGCAUUGCAAAAUGUGGUAAAAUGCAACAAAUAAGUCUCUAAGUACGUCCUACAACUAUUUAAAAACUAUUUUAAGCAAAAAACUCUUGCAUACUACUUCAGUCUACUUCAAGCUCAGCUCCAGCUAGUCAUUUUGCAGCAACCAGAUCUUAAAUACUCCGUCUUUCCAAGACCUUCUGUAGUAAUUUGGUGUCAUCUAUAAGCUAGUGACUGCGCAGUAUUAUCUUAGUAACAACACACAUUAUUGUUUGACAAACAGCUUCUUCCUCACUGUGCAGUCAGUGAACACAGUGUUAAAUUCAAUUUAUGGUGAACGUACACACAAAAAUGUGUGUCAAAAAUGUGUGUGUCAGUAAAAAAACGGAAAGAAGAAGAAGAACAUUUCAGCUGACAUUAUUAUUAUCCGAUAUUGCAGACGUAAAGCUAAAGAUGUGGUUAUUCCUUUUCCAGAGCUGAUAAAAUGUCUCGUCUUUUUAUUUGCUAGCUUCUCUUGAAUGUUAUAUUUAUCUAUACUUGUAUGACCAAAUGGGAUUUUAUUCCACAGAGUGAAUGUAUGUUUUAAUAAAUGUAUAUUUUGAUGUUGCAGCCAUGGUACACAGUUUUGUUUACAUUUUUUUUUUUUUUUUUUUUUUUAACCGACUGCAGACUUGUAACUAUUUGCAUACACCAGUAUGAGAUCUGCCUUCAUAACAAUGCUUGAAUUCUGCACACCUGCCAUGCUUGCCAAGAUUGUGGUACUGACAGCGGAGGAUCUUACACACAGUAAAGUGUUUUUUCCUCA